AUGGCAAGCACCCCACUGCUCGCCCAGCUGGGUCUGGGCCCACUCUCUGGCUUGCGGUUCUCACCGGGACGUGGGGACUCCAAGGGCCGCGCCAGUGGAAGGCUGGGCGGGGCUGGGCUGUCUGAGGUCUCUGGGCCUGUGUGCAAGUGUGGGAACCGGUACGUGAAUGUGUGUGAGAGCGAGAGGCCGCUCCAGUCCCCCGCCCCCUCCCGCGAGUGCGACCCGGCAUCCGGCACGAUGACCAUGUGCGGGGUCAGAGUCGGGCUCACGGCCCCCCAGUCCCCAGCCUGUGACACCCGCCGUCCCCGUCGGACACCCCACAAGGCCAUGUAUGGAGUCUUAACAUUGAAUUCAGAGAAUAAUUAUGCCUACCAAGUUCCAAACUUCCAUAAAUGUGAAAUCUGCCUACAGUCUUUCCAAAAAGAGUCCCAGUUUCAACGUCACAUGAGGGACCAUGAGCGGAAUGACAAGCCACAUCGGUGUGACCAGUGCCCCCAGACAUUCAACGUUGAGUUCAACCUGACACUUCACAAAUGCACCCACAACGGGGAAGACCCUACCUGCCCUGUGUGUAACAAGAAGUUCUCCAGAGUGGCCAGUCUCAAAGCACAUAUCAUGCUGCACGAGAAGGAAGAGAACCUCAUAUGCUCGGAGUGUGGGGACGAGUUCACCCUGCAGAGUCAGCUGGCCAUCCACAUGGAAGAGCACCGGCAGGAGCUGAGCGGCCGCCGGACGCAUCUCUGCAAGGCCUGCAAGAAGGAGUUGGAGACGCCCGCCCAGCUCCGGGAACACGUGAGGACCCACGGCAGAGUCAGGGUCUCAGGAACUAGGUCUUACAACCGGAACAUCGACCGAAGCGGGUUUACUUACUCGUGUCCUCACUGUGGAAAGACCUUUCAAAAGCCCAGCCAGUUAACUCGGCAUAUUCGGAUCCACACAGGUGAGAGGCCUUUCAAGUGCAGCGAAUGUGGAAAAGCCUUCAACCAGAAGGGGGCACUGCAGACACACAUGAUUAAGCAUACAGGUGAAAAGCCGCAUGCCUGUGCCUUUUGUCCUGCCGCCUUUUCUCAGAAAGGAAACCUUCAGUCCCAUGUACAGAGAGUUCACUCAGAGGUCAAGAACGGCCCUACCUAUAAUUGUACAGAAUGUAGUUGUGUAUUUAAAAGUUUAGGCAGCUUAAAUACUCAUAUCAGCAAGAUGCACAUGGGCGGGUCCCAGAACACGGCCAGCACCUCAGAAACGGCACACAUUUUAACGGCCACGCUCUUUCAGGCCUUGCCCCUCCCACAGACAGACGUCCAGGUCACAUCGUCAUCCACCCCGCAGGGCUCACAGGCCGUCACUGACGUCAUCCAGCAACUCCUAGAGCUGUCGGAGCCGGGCCCGGGGGACACCAGCCCGCCGUCCCAGCCUAGCCAGCAGCUGAGCAUCACCGUGGGCCUCAACCAGGACAUCCUGCAGCAAGCCUUAGAAAACAGUGGGCUGUCUUCAAUUCCAGUUGCAGCUCAUCCAAACGACCCCAGCCAUGUAAAGACGCCCCCCGCCCAGAUCCAAAGUCCAGAUGUUGCCAGCGUCUCUGGUGAGCAGGCUGAGCCUCCCGAGAUGGAGCCAGAGAAGCGUCAGGAGAGCCCUGAAAAGCUGGACAAAAAGGAAAAGAAGAUCUUGAAGAAGAGGUCGCCCUUCCUCCCAGGCUCGAUUCGUGAGGAGAACGGCGUCAGGUGGCAUGUGUGUCCCUAUUGCACUAAGGAGUUCAAGAAGCCCAGCGACCUGGUGCGUCAUGUCCGCAUCCACACCCAUGAGAAGCCCUUCAAGUGCCCUCAGUGCUUCCGGGCCUUCGCUGUCAAGAGCACGCUGACAGCCCACAUCAAGACACACACAGGCAUCAAGGCCUUCCAGUGCCAGUACUGCAUGAAGAGCUUCUCCACCUCAGGGAGCCUCAAAGUGCACAUCCGCCUGCACACAGGCGUCCGACCUUUUGCUUGUCCUCACUGUGACAAGAAGUUCCGUACCUCAGGCCACAGGAAAACCCACAUCGCCUCUCACUUCAAGCACACGGAGCUCAGGAAGAUGCGACACCAGCGCAAGCCCACCAGAGUCCGCGUGGGCAAGGCCAGCACUCUGCUGCCCGAGAUUCCGCUGCAGGAGCCAAUUCUCAUCACUGACGUAGGUCUUAUCCAGCCUAUUCCAAGAAACCAGUUUUUUCCAAGUUAUUUUAAUAACAAUUUUGUAAAUGAAGCAGACAGACCAUACAAGUGCUUUUACUGUCAUCGAGCGUAUAAAAAAUCGUGCCACCUGAAGCAGCACAUCAGGUCACACACAGGGGAGAAGCCCUUCAAGUGUUCUCAGUGUGGACGAGGCUUCGUGUCUGCUGGCGUCCUCAAGGCACAUACGCGCACACACACGGGGCUCAAGUCCUUCAAGUGUCUCAUCUGCAACGGGGCCUUCACCACGGGGGGCAGCCUGCGGCGUCACAUGGGCAUCCACAACAAUCUGCGGCCAUACAUGUGCCCCUACUGCCAGAAGACCUUCAAGACGGCCCUCAACUGCAAGAAGCACAUGAAGACCCACCGGUAUGAGCUAGCCCAGCAACUCCAGCAGCACCAGCAGGCCGCCUCCCUCGACGACAGUACCGUGGACCCGCAGGCAGUCCACGUGUCCACCCAGAUCCAGGUGGAGAUGGAGAGCAGCUCACUGCCACAGACGGCUGAAGCGGUCACCACCAACCCCGAGGCCAUCCUGGAGCUGGCGCCGCAGCACGUGGUGGGUACGGAGGAGGCUGCACUCAGUCAGCCACUGGCCGAGCAGCCCUUGGAAGCCGACGAAGACAGAUUUGUGAGCCCUCAGCACCCUCUGCAAGGACACAUUGACCAGUUUGAGCAGCAGACGCCCACGCCACAGGCUUUCGAGCCGGCCACCUUGUCCCAGGGUUUUGCUGUGAGUGACACGUACAGUCAGCAGCCUCCGUUUCCCCCCGUGCAGCAGCUGCAGGACUCCAGCACUCUGGAAUCGCAGGCCCUUUCCAGCAGCUUCCACCCGCAGAGCCUGCUCCCGGUGCCCAGCUCGGACCCCAUCAGUGUGACAACUCGCUUGAUCCAGGAGCCAUCCCAGGAGGAGCUGGACCUGCAGACACCACAGCCCCGGUUCCUAGAGGAUGGCGAGGACCAGUGCCGACGUUCCUACAGAUGUGACUACUGCAACAAAGGCUUUAAGAAAUCCAGCCAUCUAAAGCAGCAUGUCCGCUCCCACACGGGCGAGAAGCCCUACAAGUGCAAGCUCUGCGGGCGCGGCUUCGUCUCCUCGGGGGUCCUCAAGUCACACGAGAAGACGCACACAGGAGUGAAAGCUUUCAGCUGUGAUGUGUGCAGUACCUCCUUCACCACCAAUGGCAGCCUGACCCGGCACAUGGCCACGCACAUGAGCCUGAAGCCGUACAAGUGUCCCUUCUGCGAGGAGAGCUUCCGGACCACUGUCCACUGCAAAAAGCACAUGAAGAAGCAUCAGACCGUGCCCGAGCCGGUGCCCAGCACUGAGGAGCCGGAAGGAGCAGAGGCGUACGGGGAGGAGGAGGAGGAAUCUCCGGAGAGGGGCACGUCUAGGAAGUCGCGUCCGGAGGUCAUCACUUUCACAGAGGAAGAAACCGCUCAGCUGGCUAAAAUUCGGCCCCAGGAGAGUGCCACCGUCUCUGAGAAAGUUCUUGUCCAGUCUGCGGCUGAGAAGGACCGCAUCAGCGAGAUGAAGGACAAGCAGGCCGAACUGGAAGCGGAGCCCAAGUAUGCCAACUGCUGCACCUACUGCCCCAAGAGCUUCAAGAAGCCCAGCGACCUGGUCAGGCACGUUCGUAUCCACACUGGGGAAAAGCCGUAUAAGUGUGAGGAGUGUGGGAAGAGCUUCACUGUGAAGUCUACACUCGACUGCCACGUAAAGACACACACAGGCCAGAAGCUCUUCAGCUGCCAUGUGUGCAGCAACGCCUUCUCCACCAAGGGCAGCCUGAAGGUCCACAUGCGCCUGCACACGGGUGCCAAGCCCUUCAAGUGUCCACACUGUGAGCUGCGCUUCCGCACGUCUGGCCGCAGGAAGACGCACAUGCAGCUCCACUACAAGCCCGACCCCCGCAAGGCCCGGCGCCCUGCUGCCCGCAGCGGCUCUGAGGGGCUGCCCCCUGUCAGUGUGCUGGGCGCCACCUCCUCUGACUCCAGCGUCUUCAUCAUGAACAACUCAGUCCUCUCAGGACAAUUUGACCAGAACCUACUCCAGCAGGGCCUGGUGGGCCAGGCCAUCCUCCCUGCAUCCAUGUCUGCUGGGGAGCCGGGCCUGUCCUCACAGAGUGGCUCGCUGCAGACCCCAGACAACACCGUGCCAGCAAGUGUGGUCAUCCAGCCCCUCUCUGGCCUGUCUCUGCAGCCCUCGGUGACCUCAGCCAACCUGACCAUCGGACCACUAUCUGAGCAGGACAGUGUAUUGACCCCCAGCAGCGGAGGCCCCCAAGAGCUGUCUCAAGUGAUGACCUCUCCGGGGCUCGUGUCCUCGUCCAAUGGUCCUCACGAGAUCACCUUGACCAUUAACAACUCCAGCCUCAGCCAGGUGCUGGCCCAGGCGGCCAGCUCCGCCACCACGUCGUCCUCAGGCUCACCGCAGGAGAUCACCCUCACAAUAUCGGAACUUAGCACCACUGCUGGGAGUCUUCCUGCCGCCACACCCAUGUCUCCAUCCACCAUCUCCACGCAGAACCUGGUCAUGGCAUCCUCAGGGGUGGGAGGCGACGCCAGCGUCACCCUCACACUGGCUGACACUCAGGGCAUGCUUUCCGGAGGCCUGGACACAGUGACGCUCAACAUCACCUCGCAGGGCCAGCAGUUCCCAGCACUGCUCACCGACUCGUCCCUCUCAGGCCCGGGCAGCACCGGUUCCCCGCAGGUGAUCCUGGUCAGCCACACACCCCACACGCCAUCAGCUGGCUGCGAAGAGCUGGCCUACCAGGUGACUGACGUGGCCCCUGCCCUGACUAAGGGCAGCCCGCCCGAGAAGGAGGGCCGGGCGCACCCGUGCCUGGAGUGCAGCCGGGCCUUCUCGUCGGCCGCCAUGCUGCUGCAGCACAGCAAGGAGGUGCACGGCCGGGAGCGCAUCCACGCCUGCCGCCUCUGCGGCAAGGCCUUCAAGCGCGCCACGCACCUCAAGGAGCACAUGCAGACACACCAGGCCGGCCCAUCCUUGAGCUCCCAGAAGCCACGAGUGUUUAAGUGUGACACGUGUGAGAAGGCGUUUGCCAAACCCAGCCAGCUGGAGCGACACAGCCGCAUCCACACAGGGGAGCGUCCGUUCCGAUGCACGCUGUGUGAGAAGGCCUUCAACCAGAAGAGCGCGCUGCAGGUGCACAUGAAGAAGCAUACGGGCGAGCGGCCCUACAAGUGCGAGUGCUGUGCCAUGGGCUUCACGCAGAAGAGCAACAUGAAGCUGCAUAUGCGGCGCGCGCACGGCUACACGGGUCCCCUUCAGGAUGCUGCCAGCCACCCAGAGCAGGACACGGCGGGGCUGGGCCGGACGCUGCACCUGGAGGUGUCUGAGCCGGCCGGUGAGUGGCAGGCCCUGGCCAAUGUCUUCUGA